AUGAAUACUUUAAACGAGAAAACAUCUCCUUUGCAUUUAUCAUCGGUUUUAAAUAACCUUUCAUUAGACAUCAAUCAACAACAAGAUGCUUUAAAUGGAAGUUAUUCUUUAAAAUUAGGUAAUUUACCCCAAGAUAUUACGUUAAGAGAAGCAUAUACUAUCUUUGCAUUAACAAAUAAUUUAGUAAAUUUAGAGCUUAUAGAAAAUCAAACGGAAGAAACAGGAAUUAUAAAACCAGAAAUUUUAGCGAAAUUCAAUUCAAUAGAUUCUGUUGUUUAUUGUGCACAAUUACUUGUAUCAAAAACUGAUAUAUUUGGUCCAAAGGAUCCAAUAAUUUGCCAUGUUGAAGUUAUUGAUAAUUUAACAAAUAAAUUAGUUCCAUUUCAAAAUAUUCAAAUUAAUGGACGUUCAUCAUCAUCAUCAUCUCACUUUAAUACAAAUAAUGGACAAAUUCCACCUUUACCAAAUUUAAAUUCAAUGAUUGGUAGUAAUACGCAUCCAACAAAUGCUCAACAACAACAACAGCAGCAACAACAACAACAACAACAAAGUAAUUCAUCACGUUCAAAAUUUUCAUUUAGUGAUCCAUUUGCUAAUAAUAUGACAAAUCAAGACUCUAUUCAACAAAAUCAUCCAAAUACUUCAAAUGUAAACCAAUCUCAUCAAGAUAUAUCUGUAAAUACUACUGAUGUUGGAAAAUCAUUCUUACUUAUGGACAAUGAUGAAAUUAAUGAUACGAUAUGGGGACCAAAUGCAAUUCCUUCAAGUAUUAAUGGUUUAAGUAAUACACCUCAACCAUCAACACCAACUGUAGAAUGGGGUAAUUCAAGUAGUAGGAAACAAAGUUCUGCAUUUUUCCUACCACCUGCUUCAGGAUCUGUUGGAACUCCAACAAUACCUAAUAUGGACGUUAAUGUUAUGUCGAUGCCUAAAGGAGUACAAUUACAGGGAUCAAGUAAUCAAUCUCAAAUUGCACCAAAUCAAGCUGUAUCUUCUAUUCAACCUUAUGGUAUGAUGAAUCAAAUGGGAUCUAACAGUAAUAAUAACCCUACAUUACAAAAUAUGAUUGAUCCAAAUGAAAUUAAUUAUCCUGCACCUCAAAAACCACAACAAGGUAAUUUUAUGAAUAAUUCUCCAUUUAAAGGUAGAAUAAGUACUAACCAACCUAGAAAUUUAAGUGAAGGUAUGGUAUCUACAUCCCAACAUGGUGGUCAAAUUCCUAAUAAUUCCUCCAAUACUAAUAUUACCAAUGGAUCUUCAAAUAAUUUAGUUAAGAUAAAUUCUUCAACUAAAGUAUCAUCUUCUACACCUGUAUCUAAAGGUAAUAAUCCUUCAUCAAGUAUAUCUCAAGCAGAUUUGUCUUUGUUGGCAAGAGUUCCACCACCUGCUAACCCUGCUGAUCAAAAUCCACCUUGUAAUACGUUGUACGUUGGUAAUUUACCUCCUGACGCUACUGAAUCGGAAUUAAGACAAUUAUUUUCAGGUCAACAAGGGUUUAGAAGAUUAUCCUUCAGAAACAAGAAUAAUAAUGGAAACGGCCAUGGUCCAAUGUGUUUUGUUGAAUUUGAUGAUGUCAGUUUUGCCACUAGAGCACUUGCAGAAUUGUAUGGUAGUCAAUUACCACGUACCACUACUAGUAAUAAAGGAGGUAUUAGAUUAAGUUUUUCAAAGAACCCAUUAGGUGUUAGAGGUCCAAAUAGUAGGAGAAAUAUAAACUCCUCUAAUAGUACUACUCUAGGUGGUGGUAACCCAAGUAAUUCGUCAGCACCUAAUAGUAAUAUGAUUGGUUUACAGAAUAAUCCUGUAAUAAAUAGUACUCCUGUUCCAUAUAGCUAUACCAAUAAUUAUGCUAAAAAUUAA